CUGCUCCUUCCCCUCUUUCCAGAACUACAACAGACACACAGAAUCCAGUAUCCUACUUUGUUGAUGUCACUGUGGAUGUCAAAGAACAGAAAACUGAAGAUGAAAUCACUGAAUGGCUCGAGGUUGCGUUCCAAUCCCAGAUGCAGAGCUGCGUGUCUUCAAACACUGAAGACACAACUGCCACCCCUACCUCUCCACAAACUACAUCUGCAAGCACUUCAUAUAAGACCACACUCACAACAUCAACAACAACCCUGCAAAGCUACAGUACAGCUACAGAUGCAACAACAGCAUUAAAAAACACCACCGCAAUUACAACUGCAACAUCAACACUGUUAAAAAGCACCGUCACAACUACAACUUCAACAACAGCAUUAACAAGCACCGCCAUAACUACACCUACAACAUCAACAGCAUCAAAAAGCACCACUGCAACUACACCUACAACGACAGCAUCAAAAAUGUCGUCAGGAAGGGCCGUUCAAGUGGGCUAUUUCAAAGGAUCCAAGUGUUUCAUGACGCUGCAGCUGAAGCAGCGCGUGCCUACAUGUUGUAUCCUCCGUGCGCUCUGUGCCGCCAGUAAAACAUCCUCUGACAUCCAAGUGGUGGGAAAGACUGCAAAUAGAAUAGAUAAGGAAAACAACACCUGCAGCUGCUCUGCUUACUGCAGUGCAACUGAUGCAUACUACACAUUUAAAAUUUCAAUACAAGAUUCUACGAUAAACGGUUUAUAUGUCUCAACCGUGCUUUCGAAUCUAAAAUCACAAACAACCUGCCCUUCAAGUGCUGAUGCAUCAUGUCCAUUGUCCAACAUUGCAUCUGAAUACAAGGCUUCCAAUGUUGAAUGUGUAGAGACAGCAUCAAAUCGUCAAAGCUGCAAAGUGAUUUUACGCUUUGGCCAUGUGGUUCCUGUCUGUAACGUGUCAAAGGCCGUGAUGAAUGUGUUUCAAUCCGAGACAAAAAUCACUUACAAUGGAGCAGUGACCAGAGCAGCAAUUUGUGGAGAUUUUGAAGUCAGCGAUGAUCCACUAAUAUCCACUUUAAUUUGGCCUGACAUUAACCCAAAGCCUGCUGACUCUUGUCCAGAAAUAGACACAUUCCCCUUCAGCUGCCCAAAUGAUAAAAAAUUGGUUGUGCAGCUGGAUGAGCACUGUGUUCAUAUGGCAUCUACCACCCCAAGCCCAAAUGUGACAGUCACACAACCUAACACCACCACCUCGACUGUAAAUGUUACUUCAUCCCCACUGAACACAACAACCCAAGCUCCAAACACCACCACCUCGUCUGUAAAUGUUACUUCAUCCCCAUUGAACACAACAGCUCAAGCUCCUAACGCCACCACCCCUGCGUCUAACCUCACAGUUGACGGCCAAGCCAAUGCACUGCUUGAGCUGACCAGAGACGUGUCCAAGCUGAACUCCAGCCAGGUGGCUCAGCUGGUGUCUCAGCUGGAGAGACUAUUGUCCGGCCCGACUGUCAGCCUGGCGCUGGGGAACACCUCGGUCCACAUCGUUAGCAAUCUGCUGGGUGCCCCCCCUGAGGUGCUGUCUGACUCCUCCAACAGAAUCAUAGGGAUUGUUGAUACAGUGGGGUUGAAGCUGGUCAUCGAUAGAGAACCUCAGACCCUCUUGUCCCCGGCUGUGGCUCUGUCUGUGAAACCAGCAGAUGGCUCCAACUUUCAGGAAACAUUCUUCACCAUCAAAGACCCCAGUGAUGUAGAGGUCAAAGGGGAUACACGGCCCAGAAGGAGUGUGAGAGCAGACUCCUCCAUCCCUCAGGGCUCCAUCAGGCUGCCCCCCUCUCUCACACAGGACCUGACCAGUGAGCAACAGCAGCAGGUCUCCAGAGUGCAGUUUAAUUUUUACCAGGAGAGCACAGUGUACCAGGACAGAUCUUUGAGAGAACGCAAACUCAAUAGCGGGAUCCUUGGAGCAAGUGUGGCCAAUUUCUCAAUAUCAAGACUGGAGGAUGAUGUGGUAAUUCAUCUGAGAAACAUAGAGCCUGUUCCAGCUAAUUUUGUGGCUACAUGUGUUUUCUGGGACUUUACAAGAAAUGAUGGAUCAGGUGGCUGGAAUCCAAGAGGCUGUUCUGUCCGAAACAGCACGGACAAUGAGACCAUUUGUGGCUGCAACCAUUUGACCAGUUUUGCAAUACUGCUGGAUCUCGCCAGAGAGCCUCUAACUAGUCGUCUCCAGGCCACCAUCCUGACCUUCAUCACAUAUAUCGGCUGUGGAAUCUCUGCCAUCUUCCUGUCGAUCACCCUCCUCACCUACUUGUCCUUUGGGAAGCUACGAAAGGACAUUCCAUCCAAAAUCCUGAUCCAACUGUGCAUGGCUCUGCUGCUGCUGAACCUCGUCUUCCUGGUGGAUGCGUGGCUGGCCCUCUACCCACAAGCCGUGGGCCUCUGCAUCUCCACCGCCUGGUUCCUGCACUACUUCCUGCUGGUUAGCUUCACCUGGAUGGGACUCGAGGCCGUCCACAUGUACCUGGCCCUCGUCAAAGUCUUCAAUAGCCACAUAUCUCGCUACAUGCUGAAGUUCUCACUGGUCGGCUGGGGUGUCCCCAUGAUUGUGGUCAUUAUUGUCAUUGCCAUUGACAAGGAUAACUAUGGUCUUGUCUCCUAUGGAAAGUUUUCUGAUGGUUCGAGUGAUGACUUUUGUUGGCUGAAAAAUGACAUUGCCUUCUACGUGGCAGUGGUGGCCUAUUUUUGCAUCAUUUUUCUCUUCAACCUUGCCAUGUUUGUUGUGGUAUUGGUCCAGCUGUGUCGGAUAAAGAGGCAGAACCCUCAGAAUGUGCAGCACCGCACCACGCUGCAGGACGUGCGCAGUGUGGCGGGGAUAACCCUACUCCUGGGCCUCACCUGGGGCUUUGCAUUUUUCGCCUGGGGGCCUGUUAACCUGGCAUUUAUGUACCUCUUUGCCAUCUUUAACUCCUUACAAGGUUUCUUUAUAUUUGUGUUCUACUGCGCGGUGAAAGAAGUUGUGAGGAAGCAGUGGAGGACCUACCUGUGCUGCGGCAGAUUGAGGAUAGCAGAAAACUCAGAAUGGAGCCGCACGGCAACACAGAAGACUGUAAAGAAGUCUUCGAUGACCAGACUGACAUCUCUUGAAUCCUCCAAGUCCUCCAAGUCCAACAAGUCCUCCAAAUCCAACAACUCAUCCAGCUCCACUACUUUCCUCGUCAAUGACUCUUCAGAGCAGAGUAAUGGCAUUGGGAGCCCAUUUGAUGACAGAGCAAUCACAGCGGAUGAAGACCCCAGUAUGGACGUGGUGCUCAACGAGAUCAACAGGCAAUACAGACACCGAUCUACCUAAUCCAGAAAGAACAACUCUUUAAAAAAAUGUAUAUAAUGUUAAUAGAAAGUAAUUUAUAUACUGCCCAAUUACAUGUCCUACAUUAUUCAUUGCACUUGAUUUUUACACACUUUUCUAUAUUCAUACUUUUCUUGCACAAGGAACCUGAACCUUUUGUACAGUGAUGCAAUCAAUAAAAUAAGUCAUAUUCCAGCAGUGUGUUGCACUCAUCGUCAAUAAGUCAUUAUCAGGACAAGCUAACUGACUAAUACAGCAUCAUACAGCCGGGGCACCAUGGCAAUUUUAAUCCAAAAAGUCCUGUGUGCCACAAAUAAACCUUACAUCUUAAUUUCUAAUAACAUGUUCAAGUUGAUUUAGCUGCAAAAGCACUUUGUUGAAAUUCCUUAAUGUUUGGAUAGCAUACUGUUUUAUUCUGAUAUAAUAAA